GUCUGAUCGCCAGCACUGACCAGAAAUGCCAUCAGCUAUGGAGGGUUCAGAGGGGGGAGAAGGGGAAAUGUUGCGCUAUGAGGAAACAGAAGAUGACAAUGUCAGCCCCACCGACCUUUCAGAGCUGCUGAAGGAGGGGACUAAGGAAUCCCACGACCGUGCGGAGAACACUCAGUUUGUCAAAGACUUCCUGAAAGGACGGAUCAAGAAGGAGCUCUUCAAGCUGGCCACCGUGGCACUUUACUUCACUUACUCGGCCCUGGAAGAGGAAAUGGAUCGCAACAAGGACAACCCAGUCUUUGCUCCUCUGUAUUUCCCCCUAGAGCUUCACCGGAGAGAAGCGUUGGUCAAAGACCUGAAAUAUUUCUAUGGAGAAGACUGGAAGGAGAAGAUCCAGUGUUCAGAGGCAACUCAGCACUAUGUGGACAGAAUCCAUCAUGUGGGACAGCACGAGCCAGAGCUGCUAGUGGCUCACGCUUAUACACGCUACAUGGGGGACCUCUCAGGUGGCCAAGUGCUGAAGAAGGUAGCCCAGAGGGCCCUGAAGUUGCCCAGUACUGAGGAAGGAAUCCAAUUCUACGUGUUUGACAACGUUUCCAAUGCGCAGCAGUUCAAGCAGCUCUACAGAGCGAGGAUGAACGCUCUGGACUUGGACAAGAACACCAAGGAACGGGUUGUGGAAGAGGCCAACCAAGCCUUCAGAUUUAACAUGCAGGUGUUUGAUGAACUGGACGAGAUUGGCAGGUCGCUGACAGAAGAAGCCCAAGACGGAGGUUUCCCAGCCCACAACGGAAAAGGAGACCUGCGCAAAUGCCCUUACUAUGCAGACAAACUAGCAGGCAAGGCAGCAGCCGGCUGCCCCUGCCACGCCGCCGUGGCCCUGGCGAAGCAGCCCCUCGUGCGGCUGAUCCUGGCGGCCUGCGUGGCCGUGGCAGCGGGAGCUGCCGCCUGGUACAGCAUGUGAUGGGGAGAGCGGCGCGCGGCUCCGAGCGGCGGCAGGGGAGAGGCGCGCGCCCCCUCCUUUCUCAAACUUGUUCCCUUGCUGUUGGUGGUGAGUUGACUGUGGGGUGAAAGUUAAGAAAAUAAAGGGGAAUCCUGCGGGAUUGUCAAAGA